AAAGAGCAUGCAGUGAGAAAUUAGAGUGACGACCAGAGGUGGUGAUUGGCGAAGAUGAUUCUCCCUAUCUUCUUCUUCAUCUCUUCACUCCUCAUUUCCACCUCCUUUGGUGCCGUCCAAGACUUCUGCGUAGCCGACUUGUCAGGUCCACAGAGCCCUGCUGGCUUCUCUUGCAAGAACCCAGCCAAGGUCACGGAAAAUGACUUUGCUUUCUACCUCGGAAAGGCCGGAAACACCUCAAACCUUAUCAAAGCCGCGGUGACUCCAGCAUUCGCGGCUCAGUUUCCAGGUGUGAACGGGCUUGGGAUCUCCAUGGCUCGUUUAGAUUUAGCCGCAGGAGGAGUAGUGCCAAUGCACACGCACCCAGGUGGAUCAGAAGUGCUUGUUGUCGUGGAAGGAGUAAUAUGCGCUGGAUUCAUUUCAUCUGCAAACACAGUCUAUCUUAAAACCCUAUACAAGGGAGAUAUCAUGGUGUUCCCUCAAGGCUUACUGCAUUUUCAAGUCAAUUCAGGAAAGUCUUUUGCGACUGCUUUCGUCUCCUUCAGUAGUUCAACUCCCGGUCUGCAGAUCCUGGACUUUGCACUGUUCGCCAACGAUUUGCCUUCUGACUUAAUUGAAAAAACCACUUUCCUUGAUGAUGCGCAGGUCAAGAAACUCAAGGCUGUUCUUGGUGGGACUGGUUGAUUAAAUUGAACUACUUUAAUAAUUUCGUCUUAGUUUAUUAGUUUCAUGUUAUGGUCAUUGUUUAGGUUUAGGAUUAUGGUUGGUUUCCGUUCACUUUUUUUCUCUAAUAAUUGAUUAGUUUCUGGUGUUAUUAUUGUGGAGGAAUUGUAGUUGAGCUCACGAUGAGUGCAGUAUGUUAAGUGCGACGUCGUUUGUAAUAAGUUACAAUUAUGUUGAAUAUUUAGUUUAAUGUUUGCAUGGUUU